AUGCCUUUCUUCUCUCGCCGCGAACCCGAAGAGGAGGUCCCACCACCAGAGCCUUACCAUGAGGAGGAGCCACGAAAGCGCGGCCUCCUAGGCUCCCUUCGACGGGACCAUUCCCCAACACCAACUACCUCAACUCAGGCAACCGACUCGACCCGCCGCACAUCUAGCACCUACCGCACGAGCGCUACCCAUAACGAUGGUGGCAGCAGCAUUUUCAGCCGAUCAACCGAUCGGGGAUCAACGAGGGGUGGCGGACUCCUGCGAAAGUUCGGGGGCGGGGAUGAGGAGCUCGACCCGUCCAUCAUACAGGCGCGCGAAAGAGUGAUGAGUGCCGAGACUGCUGAGAAGGAGGCCGACCGCGCGCUGGAGCUGGCCCGACGGGAGGUGAAAGACGCUCGGGAGGAGGUCAAGAGGCUGGAAUAUGAGGCCAAGGAAGAGGCGAGGCGGGCAAAGAUCAAGGCCUACCAUGCCAGGGAGGUUUCUAAGCGAGGGAAGGCUCUUGGACGCCACGACCUUCGAUGA